AUGGCUCCACUCCACGCACCGUCCUUCGCCACACGUCUCAGGUUCCUGCCGCUGCUGCUUUCUCUCCUUCUCCUCCUGCCUAUUGAACCGUCUCUGGCAAAUGCUGACGUGGCGCGGAGUUCCGACGUGGCGGAGAGUCGCCACGAAUUGGAGAGGCGGCGAUCGCUGCUAUUCAGUCGCUGCUCCAAGUCGGGCAUUCGAGGCUUCACCUCCUCCAAGCGCCUCACAGGCGGUCUCUUCCUUCACUGGAGGGCCACAACCAAGGGCAGCAAGAAGGUGAAUCUCGCAUUGCUGGCAACAACCGGGUCUCUUGCCGCCCACGGGUGGUUCUCUGCUGGCUGGUCGCCGGACGGCAAGAUGGGCGGCAGCAACGUGAUCGUAAUGGAUUCGCCGUCCAGCCCUCCUGUGACUGCUGAUCUGAUCGGGCAUGCUGUCAGUGGUAGCCCUGCCACGUGGACUGCUGCUGAUACGAGCGUCACAAGGAAUAAUAUGGGUAUUAUCAUGAGGAAGGACCCACAUGGUGUGGGCGUUUGGUCUGGGGGCUUGGAGUCCAAGUGGGCCGCAUGUGACCAGAGGCGCAACAGUGGUGAAUUUCUCCUGCGACUGCAGAGGCCUGUCAAGGAUCUUCUGCUAAACAACUCUUCCGGGAGUUGGAAUGAGGGUGCAUCAUAG